AUGGCAGCUCUCGAUGACAGUCUGCUUUUUGUCCGUGUGUUGAUAGUGGUGCGGCGCGUGGUUGGCGGUCGCACCUCUGACUUGCCUGUGCGCUCUCAUCAAAAUAGGACAGCACAACAGCACAACCCAGAACGCGGCACGGACGCGGCAUUUCGUUUCGCGGUGGACACAGUGCCAGCCACCGAGGGCUCACAAUGGCACCAGGCCAGGCCAGGACAAGAAGCUGUUAGCCUUCAAGGCCCUGUCACGGUAAUAGUCGCGGACGGAAGACGGCAGGGCUAA